GGCCACACUACUGUUAGACCAUGCGUUGUUUGGAUUGAAAAUGGAUUCCUUUAUGAUAUUAGACACGAAAGGCGAGCAGGAGUUGGCUGGCGCGAAACCACAGAGGAUUGCCUACAAACGGGAACUGCUGCUGCGGGAAGAGAAAGAUGGCGGAAGCGACGAGGACCAGCAGGAGGGAGAAGUACAGUUGUUUGGCGUGAAGAUAGACAUCAACGAAGCGCUCAGUGCUGUGAGCUCUCAGCCUGCUGCAAGCAAAAAACUGAAGCCGGUCCCAGAGCCAAGUCCCAGCGGGGACCAUGAUGUGGCUACCCUGCAGGAGAAGGUGGAGAAGGAACUGAAGGGCUCAAGGCAGGCCCUGCAUCCAGACCUAACUCAACGCCAUGCCCUUCCCAUUGUGGGCAAGAGGCAGCAGCCCAUUUUAAAUAGAGCUGAACGCGCCAAAUCCAAGGGCAAGGGCUGGUAUGAUUUGCCCGCGACGGAAGUCACCGAGGAAAUGCGAAACGAACUUAAAAUCAUUCAGAUGCGGUCCGUCUUGAACCCCAAACAAUUCUACAAGAAAAACGACCUCAAAUAUAUUCCUAAAUACUUCCAAAUUGGCACUGUGCAACACUCCGCUUUGGACCACUAUAACGAAAGGAAGUCGAAGAAAAAGCAGUCUCUAGUUAAUGAGUUGCUGGAGGACAAGACCUUCCAAGCGUUCAACAAGAGGAAAUAUAACGAAGUGAUCCAACGCACGGAAAAGUACGCCCAUAGAAAGAGGAUGCAAAAAAUGAAAAAACUUAAGAAAAAUAAAAAGUAAAAAGCGCUAAUCCCUUUGCUUUGUUCUUCAAGUACGACUAAGUUUAACUAUUACAAACUUUAAAUAUUGUGCAUUCUAGGGCUCGUAAAAUACAACGUUAUUAUUUAAGGAAACAACAGUACCUAUCAUUUAACAAGCCCUAGAAUGAACAUAGAAAGGCCUAAGGUAGAGGUUAUUUUCAGCAAGACUAAUCAUAUAAUUAAAAUAUUCGUAUGUAACAGUGCUUGAAAAUAAUAAAAAGAAAGCAGUUUUUAAAUUAA